GUGUUGAUUGAUUUUGCGUGUUAAGCCUCAUGGAAUGGUCCAACGACAUAGUUAUUUCUUUUAUAAAAGAUGUGGAAAAGUUGGCAAUGCUAUGGGAUAGCCAAAAUCCCUUUUACAAAAUUACAAGGAAAAAGAAUGAUGCGUGGUCCGAAUUAGCUCGUACUUACAAUAGUACACCAGAAGAAGUAAAAAAGAAAUGGAAGAGUUUACAGGCGUCGUAUAGAAGGGAGAGACAAAAAGUCAAAGAUGUUACUCAUUCAGGCAUGGCGACAGCUGACAAAUAUACUCCCACCUGGUUUGCUUAUGAUGCUUUGGCAUUUAUGUCAGAUCGUUAUACUCCACGGAAAACACAAAAUACUUCAGAAGUAAGAAUUUUUAUUCAGAUACAUAUUUUACCGUAACGAACAAUAAUAGUUAAUAACAAUAUAUAGAUAACCUACUCAUAAUCGUCUUGCCAUGAAACGCGUUCUGUUUUGCAAAAUUCCGCAAACGUAUCCCUGAUUUUUUUUACAUUUUCGGCUGUUUUUCGAGGAAUACAUCGAAAAGAGCUAAACGCCGAUCUUUCUUGGUAAUCGUUCCCUUGCGUACUUUUUUUUCUACACCUGACUUCUCGGUAAAAUUAUUAUAGUUUUUGCGAUUUCUUAAAAAGUUGUGUAGAUAUAAACAUGCAAG